AUGCUACCCAGUUCUCUCAGAGGUUCUUACACCAUCUACAAGGAGGAUACAGACUCAGUUGCAACAUGGCUAGCAUCCACGGCCAGGAGAUGCGGCUACUCUUUCGAUCUUCUCACUACAGUGGCAAAGCCGGCUUCUCAGACGGCACCGAGAUUGAAAGGAAAGGCUCGUAAGCUCGCUAAAGUGGCAGCCUCAACCAAAAACGAAAGCUUGGAGUCUAAACAGUCGGGCACGACGACCUACACUAUUGCCGUCAAAGAUUUCAUACCUCUGGCUGAAUACAUCGCCGCCUUCCAGCAACCACCUGUCAAGGUUCCUUCCUCCUUUGUCCGCGUUCUGGAUCGUGCCAUUACUCUCCGAAGAAAGCACAACUCCUGGUUCAAAGAUGCUGAUCAGUCUUCGAUGGACGAUGGCCACAACUUCUUCCUUGGUGUGCUCGAACGGGUGCGUGAGACAUUGAAGUCACGCUUGCCUACUGACACUGUCGAUGAUCCUAUGACCCGAUUCUCCACAAGUUCUAUCACGAAGAGCUCUGACCAAAGCCAUACUGUCAAUGCUUUUGCAGCCCUGGCUCUGGAAGAGCCUAGCGACAAGUUCCUCAACACUCCUCCGCCUAAGAAAGCCACCGAACAUCCCGCCGAGGUCGACAACAACUCUCGUUACAAGGCUGAGCGACUUCAAAAGGCUGAAGAGCAAUACCUUGCUGCUCACUGCUUGUUGGCCGAUAUCGACUCCAUCAGAGCUUACAUCAAAUCGUUAUGGACCAUGUAUCGCGAUGGUCAGAUUGACUUGCAUUCCGCUUCAAUCACAACGAACACCGCUGUCGAGCUUGUCCGCCACAUGCAGGAAGAUUAUGAUAGGAACUUCCCAGACCAUUCAGACUAUGAAGGUCUUAUCGAGACUCUCUACAUCGCUGAAUGUGUAUCCCAAGGUCAAGAUCCCGACCACAGGCAAAGACAUCACGACAUCAUCAACAUGGCAAUGUACGACCUUGCUGAUCAGAUUUUCUUAACAACCUAUGCCAUCCUGGCCUCUCUGGUUGAUGUGGUUGCCCCUGGUCAUAUUCCACUGUACAAGCCUGGUCACUUCGGCUUCCGCGAUCUCUCAACCGAAUGGUCACAAAAGUCUCCACAUGACAAACUUCAGGAUGACAAACUUGUGCUGUUAGAAGCUUUCUCCGGCUUCUCUGCUAUAGCCAAGAUUGGUUGCUUUGCCGAAGACGAGCUGAUCAGAGGUGUCAGGGAGAUGGCGCCAGGCAAGAAGGUACCAUUGUGGCUCACCUUUGCCGUCCAGAACUUCCUGGAUAUUCAGCACGUUAUGGGCUCUCAAGCUUCGAGGGCAAUUGUCGAGUAA